AUGGCAUUGCCCCACAACAAACCGCCAAACAAAUCCAUCUUCCUCAUUUACCAUCCUCUUCAUUAUAACCUCUGUCUCUCUCUUUCUCUCUCUUUCUCCUCCAUUAAUCCAAUAUUCUUAUUCUUCUUUCUUAAUAAAAGAGACAGAGAGAGGAAAAUGAUCAACUUCUCCUUAUUCUUCUUCUUCUUCGCCAUUAAUUAUGGCCUAAUCAUUGAUGUUGGAGCAACGAGGCUGGAGUUGCUGCACCGAAACUCUCCGAAACUCUCGGAAAAAUGGCAAAUUCCGGAGACCACCAUGGAAAAAUUGAUAGAGUUUCACCGCCGCGACGUCUUGCGACACAGAAUGGUGUCCCACAGACGCAUGGGGAUCGAAACGGCGUCGUCUUCCGCGUCCUCCAUUGCAAUGCCGAUGAACGCCGGCGCUGACUACGGAGUCGGCGAGUACUUUGUUCACGUGACAGUUGGGACUCCAGGGCAGAGAUUCAUGCUGGUCGCCGACACCGGAAGCGACUUGACGUGGAUGCAUUGCAGGUACAGGUGUGGACGUAGAUGUGGAACACAUAAAGGAAGGUUAAACAACAGAAGAGUGUUUCAUGCGGAUCGGUCAUCUUCUUUCAAGACAAUUCCAUGCUUGUCCGAGAUGUGUAAGGUUGAGCUUGCCAAUCUCUUUUCUCUCUCUAAAUGCCCAACACCACUCACUCCUUGUGCCUAUGAUUACAGGUACUUGGAAGGAUCAUCUGCAAUCGGCUUCUUUGCAAAUGAGACAAUAUCAGUAAGGCUCGCAAAUGGUAAGAAGAGGAAACUUAGAGAUGUCCUUGUUGGCUGCACCGAGUCGGUUCAGGGCGCCGAAGAGAGUGGCUUCAAAGGAGCUGACGGAGUGUUGGGGCUUGGCUUUGGCAACCACACAUUCACAAGAAAAGCGGCUCAAUAUUUUGGUGGCAAGUUCUCUUACUGCCUAGUUGAUCACUUGAGCCCCAAAAAUCUCUCCAACUACAUCAUUUUCGGCCAUGACAAAGCCGAUAAGGCAUCAUGCUCGAGCAGUUUGCAGCACACAGAUCUCGUUCUCGGUGGCGAUUACGGCCCAUUCUACGGUGUCAACCUUUCUGGCAUCUCCAUAGGAGGCGUGCUAUUGAGAAUACCAUCGGUUGCUUGGAACGCAAGUCUUGGAGGGGGAGCAAUCCUUGAAUCGGGAACUAGCCUAACGUUCCUCACCGAUCCGGUUUAUGGUCCGGUGACGAGUGAAUUGAACAAGUUUACGUCAAGGUUCGGGACGUUAUUACCCCCUGGCGGAGGACCGUUUGAAUUCUGCUUCAACUCAACAGGAUAUGACGAGUCUAAAAUGCCACCACUAAGGAUCCAUUUCUCAAAUGGGGCUAUUUUCGAGCCACCGGUGAAGAGCUACAUUCUUGAUAUUGCACCGGAGAAGAAGUGUCUUGGAUUUGUUUCAGCCAGUUGGCCCGGUACUUCCAUCAUUGGCAAUAUUAUGCAGCAAAACCAUUUGUGGGAAUUUGAUUUGGAGAAUACUAGGUUAGGUUUUGCUCCUUCCACCUGCACCUAGCCCCCUUCUGUACCCGUGUGCCCUUAUUGGUACCGUGUGAUUAUGAACGUCAAUUCACAUUAAAAUCAUAUUAUAAAAAAAAAAUUCUCCAUCUAUUUUUUAACGUAAUUUAUUGAAUUGCUAUAUUCUCCGAUACAUAUAUGUCCUUAGUUGUGUAUCCGAGGGAAAUUCAUUGUAACUCUUGUAACGUGUUGUGUAAGUAAGAUUAUAUUUAGCCCCACAUUGUGGUUCACAUGCUUUCGCUUUCUACAACCCAACUGUAAUCCCAAAGACAUAAUUGAAAACUAA